GUUUCUCUUUGCAAUUGGCAGCUCGCCGAGACUAAUGAUCGGUGGUUUUGCCUCUAGAGAGCAUCUAUACAGACAUCACGAGCAAAAAGCCCACUGCCUACGUUGCGGCAAAGUCUUCGACAAUCAAGCUGACUCGGCAAAGCAUGCUCAGCUAGAUGAACCAUGCAAUCUUGUCAAAGAUUUCUUCAUCGAAGGCUUCAACAAAGACCAGCUGAAGAAAUUGAAAAGCAGAAAGCGGGCAAGAGGAGAUAGAUCGGAGGAAGAGAAUUGGAGGAAAAUUUACCGCAUACUAUUCCCGGACUGUACUGUCAUUCCAGACCCUUUCUACAGGAUACAGUACGAUGACGGCAUUGUGCAACACAGUCAUCUCCAGAAGAUAUUCACCCACGAUAAUGACUCUGGCAUAAAUGAACGGUUCUUCUCAAAACUAGAAGAAAUUGCUGGAGCCUCCUUCGACAGCGCCAAAAGGCGUGCAAUGCUAGGGUUCUUCGAGACAUUUGCUCAAGAGAAGCUUGCUGAGACGAAAGAAGACCACGGCCCACAGCAUCCAGGAGACGACUGUACUGUAUCAAGAAAAGCCCUGCGCUCAUCGAUCAUGGAUAAAACUUCCGGCGCGGAUUGCGUUGAGGAUCUGACUUCGUCAACUCCCCGAGACGCAUCUGUCGUGUCACUGGUACCAGAGACCGGCACAGAGAGAGUUGAUGACCCCCAAGGCAGUGCUUCACGUCUUGCUACGUUCGAUCCAAUUCACGAAUACGACUUCACUCAGGCGUUAUUGGACGAUCAGAUCCGGUUAUCGACACCAUGGCAAGAGGUCAAUUUGAGCUGGAUCGAGGGAGGAUUUGAUCAAUUAUACAGUAAUCCACCCAACGGAUAUCCGGACAUGGCCACUGUGCAACCAUGCAACAAUUACACCCUGAAUGGAGAGAGCAGCGUCUGUAACGUUGCUGGAAAGCAUACGGCAUCAAACUCCGCGCGAAGAGGACGUCAGCAUGAACGAUGAUGAUACAGAGACAGACAUUAAUAGAAUGUGUGCCAGAGACAGAUGAGAGAAGAUUGAUUAUCCCAGGCAUCGGCAAGUCAGUGGAAAGUUGGGCUACAAUGUCAUCCUGAGAAAAGAUGAGGCAAGUACCUCGUCAAACCCCCACCACACCUGGGUUCGCCCCUUCCACGUCCUCUAUAGAUGACUUCUGUAUUUAGUCCUGAGAAAGAACAAAGAUGAUUUCAUAGAUAAUACACGGUUAAGAAAAGAAAAUGG